AUGGCGGCGAGGUUGACUCGGAUCAUGGGAGGGAGCGGGCUAGUCGGCCGAUCUGCCGCUAUCCGCUCGCGCGCAGGCAUGGGGCUCCCCGUCGGCAGGCACAUCGUGCCGGACAGAGCGGUAAACGCCUACUUCGAUGCCCUAAUCUUCUCUUCCAAUUUGAUUGUCUUUGCUAGCCGAAAAUUCUUACGGUUCUUUGAUUUGCAAGUAUCCGCUCUGGAAGGAGAGAUUAAUCGGUAUUUUUUCCCCAGCUUCCCGAGAACGACGAGCUAGUUUGGGACAACGGCACACCUUUCCCGGAGCCGUGCAUCGAUCGACUGGCCCCGAACAUUGGCAAGGUGGCAUCCGCGUCCCGUCCACACUCCAGAUGCUCUCUGCUGUGCUAGGGCUUCGGUUAUGCGCUAUUUAUGUCUAUUGAUGUCGUUUUGUGAUGUAACAGAACGAGGCAUUAGCUUGGCUCUGUGGAGGUUUGAGUUUCUUUGCAUCGCUCGGGCUCCUGGCAGCUUGGAACGAUAAGGCUUCCAAGAUACCUUUCGUAAGUUUCCUCCCUUUCUCUCACAUGUCUUCCAUGUUUCUUAAGCCUCUACCCAUUCAUCGCCGGAUUGUGUCGAUGCAAAUGCGUAUUCGUAUCAAUCAACUGGAUUUUUUUCUGGGAAUGUCCGCGUCCCUUCCUCGAUGACAUGCUACAUCUUUUUUCUUGCUGUCGUGUUCCUUUGUGUACAAAAUCAGUGAAACUAAAAGAGUGUCCAUUAGGAAUUAAAUGCUACAUUAAAACGCCUUACUUGUAAGGGAGGCUUCCUAUGAUGUGCUGCCUAUCGUUAUCUGCGAACGGCAUGACACAGGAUAUACGAACAGAGGCACAAUUGAUGUAUCAGUAUAAUGUAGGUUACCUGUAUUGAAUUGCAUGAAUGUAGGUUGCCUCACAUAAUUUCAUUUAGAAUGUCGAACAGAUCUAUAGGUCCUUUGAAACCUUGAUAGGAUGUGGAAAUGAUGGUUGUUUGAGGGCUUCAUGACCACACCGUUAACAACCUUGUCAGUGGAAACAUUUUGUAUGGUGGCUGAUUGAGAGUUCGAUGUCCAUACAACUCUGUAGAUUUAAGUGCAUAGAGUUUCAUUCUUCGGUCCUAUGGCUUCUCUACAUAUCGCAUGCCUCUGCGACCAGAUUAUGUUAUUCUGAUUCUGUGAUAUUGGUAUGCUAUUCUUUUUCUGUAUCUGCUGGUGAAGAACUAUGCAUUUAAUUCGUCAAAAUUAGUGCUUCAGAAAGUAAAAAUAGCCGUUUCAAUUGUGUAGAGGUUUGGUGAAUUUUACUGGAAUUGAAAGGUUUAAGGAGAGAUGUCAUUGCUCCCUGCCCAAGUUGGAUAAACAAGAGAGAGACAUAGUUGCUGAAUGUAGUCGUUUAGUUAAUUGGGAUAUUCUUAACAGGAUUUCUCAUUGAUAUUUGGGUUUUAUCCACCGGCAUCGGCUUCAAAUAUAUCUAAUCAGUGGUUUUUUGUGUCGGGCAUUCAUAUAUUUUUCCUAUCCAAUCUCCAACAUUUCUUGCACAGCAUCAUAAGAAAAUAGGUAAAGUCUAUCGCAACAAUGUGCUCUGGGUCACAGCCCAAUGGUCACUUGAUCUGAACAAGUUUUUGGUGGUUUUCAUGUUUCUUCUUUUAAAACUCUCUACAUCAUGUUAUUCUCCUUUCUUGUGAUCCAGAAUACCGCAUCUCCCACACUGAAGGAAGCCCAUUGCUUCAAGCUAUGUGAACCUUAGUUGCGCUAUUUGACAAUAUCUUCCCAUAUUUUGUGAUGACCUCACAAUUCCACCAUUCUGAAAUAUGCUCUAUACAAUCCUUUACUAGAAUCCCUAAUGAAUAGCUUUUUCUGAUCGACGUGGUGCUACAUUCUGGCAUCCAAGUUUGGCAAUCCAUAUGGGACCUACAUUUCGGGGAGGGAAAAUAUCCACAAUCUAUGUGGGUCUUUUUCUGAAAGCUUGACAAUCCAGUCAAUGGACCCCCUCCAUCCUACAGAGCGCUGCCGCAUGUUUCCAUUUCCGAACAGAAGCUUUACCCCAUGUUCCCCUCUUCAGUUGAACAUUGCAUCCUCUUUUCUUCCGACUUUCUAUGAUGGGAAGUGUUAGGUGUGGAAACUUCUAUCCUUGUAUUAGCAAGUAUCGAUUGUCCAAUCUCAGGCAAGUAUUUAGUCUCAUAGGCAUCGAUACUUUGAGUGAGUAAGCGUUAGAAAAUCAAAGUCAAAACUACCCAUUCUCUCUCUAUCGCCCCUGGGCCUGCUCUUGAUGCCUCCUCCUUGUUGCUCCCUGCUUUGUAACUCUCACCUCGAUGCCAUCGACCGUCAAGCAGAAGUUGUCGUCACUGUGGUUUGGGAUGUGCUUUUGGAUCUCUAGUCUCGUACCAAUGGCUUGCAGAGGCAACACUUGGAAGAUGAUGUCCAUGUCCUGGUUUCUAUUCAUUCUCCUUACUCUUCUCAGUCUCAUUUCUGUACCUUUUCUUUCACUUAUUUCCCUUCCCUCCAUAUGCCAAUCAUGAUUAUAUAUAUAACCCAGGCAUCUUUCCAACACAUGCAUAUAUAUAUAUAUAUAUAUAUAUAUAGGAGAAGAAGAGGAACAUUUUUCUUCUUAUGAUGGAAAAUAUCACCGUUACAUCGCCUGGUGAUUAGUCUUGUGUAUAAUGUGGUUAGGUUCAGCUGGCUUUGCUGCUAAGAUAUUCGGCCCGUUAGAAUGGUUUCCUUGAAAAUUGUAGGCUCUUAGGAUUGAUCUUGUUUAUCCUGCGUGUCCCUAGAUCGGUGAUCCUUUGGAUACCAUUUCCCUAAUACUGGAUUGUAUGAGUCCUGGGUUGACUCUCUCUCUCUCUCUCUCUCUCUAUCUAUCUUGUUCUCAUGAGCACACAAAUUCUUCCUUCUGUCAGGCCCCGAAGGUCUACCCAUACGACAACCUCCGCGUGGAGCUCGGCGGCGAACCUUAG